UAUGUAUAUACCCACCCCCCCAGUUUGCUUUUUAUUCCAAUACUUCCACAAUACGCUCACCACUAUUGAUGCAGCCAUAAGUAAAGUGGUUGCAAGCAUAGGCUCUGAUAUCAGACUGUUCACAUUUCAGCUUCACUAGUUACUAAAUACGUAAUCUUGGGCAAAUUACUUAAUCUCUCUGUGCACCACUUUCCUCCUAAGACAUUAAAACACAUCUUACAAAAUUUGUGUUAUAACUGAAUAAGAUAAUACGUGUAAAAACAGUGUUUGGUACGUACCAUACACUCAAACAAGUUAUUAAAAGUUAUUUUAAAUAUUAAGACCGCCUUGGAUAGAAUAUUUUGGCCUUACUUAAAAGUUUCAUUUAAAAAAUCCCUACAAAACUAGAAUAUGCUGCAGCUCCUCUACGGAAAAAUUCUGUAAAUAGAAACAUGCUUAAUCUUGAACACGUAACCCUGAUGAUGCUCUCAAUGCUCUCUAACCCCAGCACUUGGCUCACACCUUCAAGUCCUUGGCCACGCUGUAGAGGCUUCUAUAUUCCUAGUACUCAUUCUUCCCCUUUGAUAGCUGAGGGCUUUUUAAAACUUUGUUUUCAUUGAACAAUUGAUCGGGAGAACAUACACUUGUGUACUCUGAGAGACAUCUCAGUUCUACUUUAGCCUACACAUAGGUGAUUAGUCUUAGCUGAUUCCAGCCAAAAAAGGUAAUCAGAAAGGACUGGGGAACCUCCAACAGUAUUUUUCCCGCUGCUGUUUUCUCCACCCACACAAGGCCACCAUUACCCCCCUUUCACAGCAUUUCAUCCAUCUUGCUGGCCCCAUUUUCGUGGGUGACAGCGCUUCUGCUGUGCUUUUUCGGAAUCCUCCAUCACUUCCAGACCUUCCGGGUGCUUUUCUCAGGGUCAGUGGCAUCUUUCUCUAACACGCGACUCCUGACUUGAGUUCUCUUUGAAAAGUUCUCUUUGGGGGAACUAUAAUAUAAACUGCAAAACUGCUGGCGUUGUUUCUUCUUAAAGUAUCAGCGAAGGCCGCUCUUCAAUCCCAGCCUUCCAAUGAGUCAGUGCACCCCCUCCGUCCCAAAUCGCCAAGGGCCCACUGAGCGCAGGCGCCCUCGGGCCCCGCCCCUUUUCGAAGGUUCGGACCCCAUUGGUCCAGAGGCCGGGGGUGGAGCGCCCUAGCCAUCUGGGAGGGGUGAUCAUGUGACUUGCGGGGGUGGGGCUGCGUCGGCUUCUUCCCAGCCCGGCUGAAAGGAUUUGCGUAGCCGGCCUUGUUGGCCCUUACAGCGCCCGGUGGGCGGCCUGGCCCCAACUUCCCUCGCCAAGCCGCGCAAAAGGAGUUUCUCCUGGCUCUCGUCGAUUACCCGGGUUCGCUUUCCUUCCCUUUCCGAAGCUGGGCCCUUACGUCCACCACCGCGGAGACUGCGGCCGCCGGAUUCGAGUGUCCGGAGAGUAACCGGAAGUGUUGUCCCCAGGCCUAGGGGCGGCGCCGGCGGCUGCCAGGGAAAGGGAAGAAUUGAGUAUUGUGACUAGUUCUGGACUAGACACCUUUUGGAGCCAAAAGGAAGGCAGUCUUGAGUCUUUCUAGUUAUGAAUGCUAUUCUCCUUGAGAAAUCAAAUUCUCACAACCAGGAAGUGAAUGUUUUCUUCCAUCUGAAUUCUAGGGUUGGAAAUAGUGUAUGCGAUGCUGGAAACAUAUAGAGGCUCAUGACUGAAAGGCGUGAAACAGAUGUAUCUUCUAAGUUCUUAUCAAGAAAAUGACUACGAAGGCAGUGAUGGGUCAAGAAGACCAGUGGAAAACUCCUUAGGAGAGAGCCAUAGAAAAUGUACACUUCAGAAGAGAGAUGUAAUCAGAGAACUCAAAAAAGGAAACUAUAUCAUGUAUGCCCUCAGAAGGGUAAAAAGAUUUUUAUUCGUGUGCAUGAGAUUACUCAAAUAGAUGAUCAGAUAUAUCAGUGCCUUGAAUGCGAGCAAAACUUCUGUGAAAAUUUAGCUCUUAUUAUGUGUGAGAGAACGCACACUGGGGAGAAACCUUAUAGAUGUGAUAUGUGUGAGAAAACCUUUGUCCAAAGCUCAGAUCUUAUUUCACACCAGAGGAUCCACAAUUAUGAGAAACCUUAUAAAUGUAGCAAGUGUGAGAAGAGCUUUUGGCAUCACUUAGCCCUUUCAGGACACCAGAGAACACAUGCAGGUAAAAAAUUCUAUACAUGUGACAUUUGUGGCAAGAAUUUUGGUCAGAGUUCUGAUCUGCUUGUCCACCAGCGAAGCCAUACAGGCGAGAAACCGUAUCUAUGUAGUGAGUGUGAUAAAUGCUUUAGUAGAAGUACAAACCUCAUAAGGCACCGAAGAACUCACACAGGUGAGAAACCAUUUAAGUGUCUGGAGUGUGAAAAAGCUUUUAGUGGGAAAUCAGAUCUUAUUAGCCACCAGAGAACUCACACUGGUGAAAGGCCCUACAAAUGUAAUAAGUGUGAGAAAAGUUACCGACACCGUUCAGCCUUCAUUGUACAUAAAAGAGUUCAUACUGGGGAAAAGCCCUAUAAGUGUGGUGCCUGUGAGAAAUGCUUUGGCCAGAAAUCAGACCUUAUUGUGCACCAGAGAGUGCACACAGGUGAGAAGCCGUAUAAAUGCUUGGAAUGUAUGAGAAGUUUUACUCGGAGCGCCAACCUAAUUAGGCAUCAGGCAACUCACACUCACACUUUUAAAUGCCUUGAAUAUGAGAAAAGUUUCAACUGUAGCUCAGACCUUAUAGUGCAUCAGAGAAUUCACAUGGAAGAGAAGCCACACCAGUGGUCUACAUGUGAGAGUGGCUUCCUCCUAGGUAUGGACUUUGUUGCACAACAGAAAAUGAGAACUCAGACAGAAGAGCUACAUUAUAAAUACAGUGUAUGUGAUAAGAGCUUCCACCAGAGCUCAGCCCUUCUUCAACAUCAGACAGUACACAUUGGUGAAAAACCAUAUAUCUGUAAUAUGGGUGAGAAAGGUCUUGAGCUCAGCCCUCCCCAUGCAUCAGAAGCCUCACAGAUGUCUUAACCAGACAAGUUAUAAUACCAUAAAAAUGUAUUUACAUGUCAGAGAACUCAUUAAGAUAAGAACCCUAGGCAAAUCUAGACUUUCCAAAGCUCAGAAUUCAGUGGGGACCAGAAAGCCUGCAAUUGUAGGAAAUACAAGAAAUGUUUUGCCCAGAGAGCUGCCCUAACAGAAUACCUUAUCAGUCACUCCAAUGAGAAACUCUACAAAUACCUGGAGUUUUGGAAAACCUUCAGUCUGCGCUCAAAUUUCAUGACUGAUGAGAAAAUUCAUACAGGUCAGAAACCUUACGAAUGCAGUGAGUAUGAGAGAGCUUUCUAGCAGAGCUCAGCCCUCCUCGUUGUAAGAGAAUUCACACCGGAGAACAACUUUUAAAACGCCUUCAGUGUCAACAGUGCUUCAGACAGUAUGCACAUCUCAUUGGACUUUAAGAAAACCCACCUUGGGGAGAAACCUUAGCAAGUAUGAAAAAAGCUUCUAACAGAACUCUGACUUUCUUACCCAUCAGAGAAGCCAUACUGAUGAAAAAAUGUAUAUUUGUCUCAAGUGUGGCAAAAGCAUUAGUUGGAGAGCCUUACUUGGAUUUGCACCCCCUCAAAAAAAAAAAAAAACACAACAAUCUGAGGAAAGACUUGUAACAGGUGUCUGAAUGAGAAAAACUUGUCAAUGAUCAGCUCUUGUGGUACAUCAGGGAACUCACAUAAGUGAAAAGCCCCAUAAAUACCUUGAGUCUGAAAAAAGCUUUGCUAGAAGCUCCUAUCUUACUGAGCCCCAAAGAAUCCAUUCUGCUGGGAAGUUUGCUCCAGUGAGAGAUUCAGUUGUGGGUGAGAAUCUGUGUACGUAUAUGUAUGAGAAGAAUUGUUCUCAUAGUUGACCCAUAUAGUAGAGAUGACUUUAAAUGGAGUCAGUAUGGAAAUAGUUUUCGUAGAUACCCAGAAACUUGUUCUGGGAGGAGCUAGGGCAGGUCAGAGUAGACCUAAUGGGUAACUCAGGUAAAGAUGCUUUUCUUUUAUCUGAACCACUUAAUGAUUGCUUUACUUUUUUAAAUUCAGAAACCCAAUAAAGGAAAGGACCGUAACCUUGUGAUACAAGGUGUGACAUGUGUUACUGUUGGGGGAAAGUAGUAUAUUGCUUCUGUUGAUUUUUUUAAUCCUUUGCUACUAAUAUUUCGAUAGUAACAUGGGAAUCUUCCUGGCAGUGAAAAGAACUAAGAAGCGAGGGUAGUUAUCCUAGAUCAAAACUCUCCCAAUAGUUUCCCCUUUGCAGGACCAACCACAUAAGGCAGAAUACUCAGCUUUUUACUUCGUAUGAGUUGAGGCAUACCCUCAAACGUUUCCUUUUCCCUAAAGUAUAUUUCAGGUUGUCACUGAUAUUUGAAAUUUCUAUUUUAGAGAUUUUUUUCAACUCAAAAUGCAAAUUCCAGGAUAAUGGUUAUAACUUUGUGAGUAUCCAUAUUUUUGUGAUUUCAUUUACCGUCUCUUUCAGUGAUAGACACCACUAGUCAGCUCCUAGCAAAAUGGCUAGGGAAAGCCUGAAAGAAAGUUUAAGCCUGAGUGGGCACUGUAAAAAACAUGUAGUGAUGCACUGUUAAUAGAGGAACAAGACUUUUUUUUUUUUUUUUUUUGAGUGACUUCAAACCUGGUGUUCUUUUCCCUCCAUUAUCCUGCUGUUUAUAGCAAUUCAAGCCCCAUAAUGAUACAUUUUUCAUUUAUUUCAGUUCUGCCAAGGAAAGAGAAAAUACCUUUUAAUCACAGGGAAAGGAUUGCCAUCACCACAAUAUAAGGUAUAUAUUUGGCUUGGAAUGCAAGAUUCUAAAUGCUUAGAAGGAAAAAGUAGUUGGCAGAGUCAUCAGAAGUUUAAGGAUAAGCACUUGUCUCCAGUUUAACAGGAUAAUUAUGAUUGUCUUUAACAUUCUCUAGAAAUACUAUAAUUAAUCCAGAGAUCUAUCAGUGGUCACUUCUCAGUUUUUUUCUUCCCUCAGAUUAAAAGACAUUUAAGAUUCCUACAGUAUUUGGAACUCUGUAGACUGGUGAAUAAAUACUUUGUUGCUAGUUUGAGUUCUCUGGUUUUGGUUUCAUUUAUCCUAGCAGAUCCCUAAACUCCACAGAGUAUUGGCAUUUGGAUUCAUGAAGUUGGCCAGCUGCUACACUGUUACCUUGUAUAUGGCUCUAAGCUUUGAUCCUAAUAAUUCAUUAAUGAUCAUGAUAAUCUUAGGGCUAGUCAAUAUUAGAUCAUAGUGAUAAGGAAUCUGAUUCUAGGAUAUUUUUUUCUUUUAGAAAACAGAUCCUGGAAGUUUAUUUGAUCUGACGUGUUUCAGUAAUUUUUAUAAAUAGCUCUUAUACCAUGAAAAGUUGCCCAGUAUGAUAAAACACAAAAGAUGUAUUUUUUUCUCUUUGGUGAAAAUCAUGCCUAUCACUAGUAUAUGUUUGACAGUUGUAACACUUAAAAUAGUAUGGGGUGUAAGGCAUGGUGGUAAUGAAAAUUAGUCCUGUGACUACUUGUUAAUCAUUAGAGAGAAACUUGGAGAAGGGGACAAAGUUGGUAUCAUUAGCAGGGCAAUGACUUGCCCCUUCUUUCAACUAAUCUUAUUGGUAAUUGUUUCUAGUCUUUAAGUAAAUUAACGAAGGACCAUCCCUCAAACAGAGAACUUUGGGGGUAUAAAAUAGGUCUGAGAGCUUUUAACCAUGGGAGAGAAGGGUGUUGGUAUUAUUCAUAUAGCAUGACCUGAGGUUGGAGAGGACCACUUGGGAGCCUGUAACCAAAACUAGAAGGUAACUUCUGGGAUGGAUGAAGGUUCCCUUUAAGCAGUGCCAACCUAAAUCUACCUCAGGUAAGUAGUUAGAGUAACUUUUUCAAGAUUUCAGACCAAAUGAGACAAAUUGUAUUCAGUUGAUGUAUUCCUAUACCUUAAUGUUUUUGUUUGCCCUUAAUUCUUAAAUAAACAUUUAUUCUGAAAAACUCCA